AUGAGCAACAGCAAAGUUGUGUCUAGGCCUGUGUCGUUGGUGGAAAAGCCACAAUCAAAGCGCUUCCUCUCUACGAAACCAGAUGCCCACACCUCCUCGUCAGGUUCAGCUGUAUUCGAAGACAAUACGAACAGGCUUGCCUCGAUGGUUAGCGAUAAUCUUCAGGUACCCAUGUUCCCUGCCUCUUCGUCUUCUGUACUUCGUGUUGAAACGCCACGUCAAUUUUACGGCUUGCUGAAAAAUAAGGUUAUGCAGGCUAAGACACGUAUAUUUCUUUCAACACUGUAUAUGGGGAAAGAAGAGCGUGAACUGGCUCUGUAUCUUUGCCGAGCAUUAUCGAAAAACCCAGCUUUGCAGUUGACGCUUCUGAUGGAUGCUAUGCGAUCGACGCGUGAAAGCCCCAAAGGCCCUUCCAGUGCCUCCCUCCUUUCGCAUCUUGCGACCAUGUUUCCCGACCAGGUCGAUAUCCGCCUGUAUGCUACGCCUGUUCUACGUCCCAACGGUUUCAAGGCUCGCAUGAUUGGCAGGCGUUUCAAUGAAGGAUUCGGGCUUCAGCACAUGAAGAUCUAUGGCUUUGAUGACGAUGUAAUCAUUACAGGCGCCAACCUUUCCCGCGAUUAUUUCACGAGACGAAAGGAUCGGUAUAUUCUGAUCCGUAACCAUGCCCCCCUUGCGGACUAUCUGCAUACACUGAUUCUAUUGAUUUCUCGUUUCAGCUACGCACUGCAUUACACUGGUGACAUGGCGUUGCUGAAACAGGUGAAAAAGUCAGUAUUCGAAAUGGAAGAUUCGUCCAAGGAAUACGUUGCGUUGUGCAGUAGCCCUUUUCGAUUGGAGUGGGAUGGCGGUACCACUUUGCUGCUUGGUGAAGACACUGAUGGUACAGUGGCUCCAUCCUCCCUGUUUCCACCUAUUAGCACAUUCCCUGAGAAAAACUGGGCGCCCAUGGCCGAAAAGUCUAUUCAGAAGUUUACCAAGCGCUGGCUUGAGCGAUGCGCCAAUCUCCGUCAUGUCUACCGACGGAAUUGGUCGCCUUCUCAAGUGGACACCUAUAUUGUUCCUCUCCUUCAGAUGGGCCAACUUAACAUUAAGCAAGAAACCAAUAUGAUACCCUUCCUCACGAAGUUCCUUGCCUCUUUGCGCCCGAACGAGCCCGAUUCCGGCUCGUAUGUGGCAAGGCCCUAUACCACUGUGGACUUGACAUCGGGGUACUUUACCUUGUCGGGCGUGUACAAAUCGCUUGUACUCUCCGAUGAACUCCAUGGAUCGGCCACAGAUCAGACACCAACUUGCUUCCGUCUUGUGGCCGCUUCUCCUGAAGCGAAUGGGUUCUAUGGCAGCAAGGGUGUCAGCAGCCGUAUUCCUGCCGCGUACACGUAUUUGGAGCAGGAGUUUUGGAGCCAAGUCGUGGAGAAGAAGCUGGACAAGCCUCUGAACGUACAUGGGUCGAAUGUGAUUGACGAGUCGGACCCUGUAUCGCAAGGCCAUAUUCCCUCUGUCUCACUGCGUGAAUGGAACAAGUAUGGUUGGACGUACCAUCAGAAAGGUAUUUGGGUGACAGGUCCCUCUGCCACAGAGACAGAACUUUUACCGAUGAUGACGAUGAUUGGUUCGUCGAACUAUGGUGCCCGUUCCGAGAAGUUUGAUUUGGAAUGCUCGCUGAUGAUCACCACGCAAGCGCCAGCGCUACGUAAGCUCUUUGCAGCCGAAGUCGUCGACAUGCGCGAGUCGGCACGUCACCUCAUGGAUACCAAAGCGUUUGAAACGCCUGAACGCAAAGUGAGCGCAUUGAACAGGGCUUUGACUCUACAAACGAAACGCAUGUUCCGACCGCGUCAUGACCUCCACAUUUUGACAGGCAACCACGACGCGUGGAUUUCUCUCAUGGCGCGUCGCAAGCGCCAGAAGUUCGCUUCGCGGAAGAAGAGUACGAUUCAAUGCGACAGGGAUGACGGAGAGCCCAUUGUCAUACCCGAUGCUGAAUUGGAAGCUUUUGAUGCACAGCUCAAAGAACGAGUGGAGCGCUGGGCGGAAGAAUACGCCGAAAUUGUGGAUCAAUUGCCGUUGGAAUUGCAGCGUACCUUUAAUCUCAUGAAGGAGCUGGAUUAUACAACGGAGGCGUCCAAAGAGGACAUACGUACAACGUGGCGCCAAUACUGCGAUGCGCGUGAUCAUAUGGCAGGCUGCGUCUCAGGAUCGACCUCCCCUACCGAGUCGGCUGAAAAGGACGAACAAGGGAUUCAUGGACGAAAGUGGCUGCUUUCUUCGAUCCAGGCGAAAACAUCGGCGGCGAUUUCGGUGGCCGAGGAAAAACUCGCCUUGGCCCUCUCGGCGUACGAUACUGUGGAUCGGCAAAUCCGACGUCUCGAUAUUGAUCUUCUGAAGAAUGAGCGUAGUCUCUAUGCUGGCCUGCGGAAAGAGCUGGAAGAGGCAGCGCAUCCGACGGAAACGUACAGUACGCCUGUGCCUAAAGAUACCGAUCGCUUCUCGUCAGAGGGUCAGCUUCAUACCUUUUGGAGUGGUCUCAUCCAGCUGGAUCCUCUUACAUGCCUUGCAUACUUGAAAGAGUUUAUGCACGGAGGUACAGCGACGUCUUCUGCCUCCGACCUGCCCAAGAAACGGUCCGCUGCGACUCAAAAGUCGGCGAGUCCUGAUCCGUCGGCCCAGAUACCAAAGGUGGAAAAUAUCGACUAUGACCCCAGCGAGCCCCGGUAUUGCUACUGUGAUCGUGUAUCCUAUGGAGAGAUGGUGGCUUGCGACAAUGAAGACUGUCCGCGAGAGUGGUUUCACUACGCCUGUGUCGGGCUUGAGCAUCCACCCAAGGGGCAUUGGUACUGCCAGUUCUGUGCGCCUUCCAACUGGAAAGGCCCAGGCACCAAGAUUCCCGCUGACGCGCGCUACCGUCCCUCGAGCGUGAAACGCGCGCGCGUUGCGUAA